ACUAGGAGCAGCUCAGAGCCGCGGGGACAGGGCGAAGCGGCCUGCGCCCACGGAGCGCACGUCUCUGUUCUCAACGCAGCACCACCCUUGCCCCCCUCGGCUGCCCACUCCAGACGUCCAGCGGCUCCGCGCGCGCACGAUGCCCUCGGCCACCAGCCACAGCGGAAGCGGCAGCAAAUCGUCGGGACCGCCGCCGCCGUCCGGUUCCUCCGGGAGUGAGGCGGCGGCCGGGGCAGCUGCGCCGGCUUCUCAGCAUCCGGCAACCGGCACCGGCGCCGUCCAGACCGAGGCCAUGAAGCAGAUUCUCGGCGUAAUCGACAAGAAACUUCGGAACCUGGAGAAGAAAAAGGGCAGACUAAUGCUACAUGAACAGGCCUUCAGCAUUUGAAGAGAACUGUUACAGAUCUUCUGAGUUGGUAAACUUGAUGAUUACCAGGAACGAAUGAAUAAAGGGGAAAGGCUCAAUCAAGACCAGCUGGAUGCCGUAUCUAAGUACCAGGAAGUCACAAAUAAUUUGGAGUUUGCAAAGGAAUUACAGAGGAGUUUCAUGGCAUUAAGUCAAGAUAUUCAGAAAACAAUAAAGAAGACAGCACGUCGGGAACAGCUUAUGAGAGAAGAAGCAGAACAGAAGCGCUUAAAAACUGUACUUGAGUUACAGUAUGUAUUGGAUAAGCUGGGAGAUGAUGAUGUGAGAACAGAUCUGAAACAAGGUUUGAGUGGAGUGCCAAUAUUGUCUGAGGAGGAGUUGUCAUUGCUGGAUGAGUUCUACAAGCUCGUAGAUCCUGAGCGUGACAUGAGUUUAAGGUUAAAUGAGCAGUAUGAACAUGCCUCAAUUCACUUGUGGGAUUUGCUGGAAGGGAAAGAAAAGCCUGUGUGUGGAACAACCUAUAAAGCUCUAAAGGAAAUUGUUGAGCGUGUUUUCCAGUCAAACUACUUUGAUAGCACUCACAAUCAUCAAAAUGGGUUGUGUGAGGAGGAAGAGGCGGCUUCAGCGCCCACAGUGGAGGACCAGGUAGCUGAAGCUGAACCUGAGCCAGCGGAAGAAUACACAGAGCAAAGUGAGGUUGAAUCAACAGAGUAUGUCAAUAGGCAGUUCAUGGCAGAAACACAGUUCAGCAGUGGUGAGAAGGAGCAAGUGGAUGAGUGGACAGUUGAAACAGUUGAGGUUGUAAACUCACUCCAGCAGCAACCUCAGGCUGCGUCCCCUUCAGUCCCAGAGCCCCACUCUUUGACUCCAGUGGCUCAGUCAGAUCCACUUGUGAGAAGGCAGCGUGUACAAGAUCUUAUGGCACAAAUGCAAGGGCCCUAUAAUUUCAUACAGGAUUCAAUGUUGGAUUUUGAAAAUCAGACGCUUGAUCCUGCCAUUGUAUCCGCACAGCCUAUGAACCCUACCCAGAACAUGGAUAUGCCUCAGCUGGUUUGCCCUCAGGUUCAUUCUGAAUCUAGACUUGCCCAAUCUAAUCAAGUUCCUGUACAACCAGAAGCCACACAGGUUCCUUUGGUUUCAUCCACAAGUGAGGGGUAUACAGCAUCUCAGCCCUUGUACCAGCCAUCUCAUGCUACGGAGCAGCGGCCGCAGAAAGAGCCAAUGGAUCAGAUUCAGGCAACAAUAUCUUUGAAUACAGACCAGACUACAGCAUCCUCAUCCCUUCCUGCUGCUUCUCAGCCUCAAGUGUUCCAGGCUGGGACAAGUAAACCUUUGCACAGCAGUGGAAUCAAUGUAAAUGCAGCUCCAUUCCAGUCCAUGCAAACGGUGUUCAAUAUGAAUGCUCCAGUCCCUCCUGCUAAUGAACCAGAAACGUUAAAACAACAGAGUCAGUACCAGGCCACUUAUAACCAGAGUUUUUCCAGUCAGCCUCACCAAGUGGAACAAACAGAGCUUCAACAAGACCAACUGCAAACGGUGGUUGGCACUUACCAUGGAUCCCAGGACCAGCCUCAUCAAGUGCCUGGUAACCACCAGCAACCCCCACAGCAGAACACUGGCUUUCCACGUAGCAGUCAGCCUUAUUACAACAGUCGUGGGGUAUCUCGAGGAGGGUCUCGUGGUGCCAGAGGCUUGAUGAAUGGAUACAGGGGCCCUGCCAAUGGAUUUAGAGGAGGAUAUGAUGGUUACCGCCCUUCAUUCUCGAACACUCCAAACAGUGGUUAUUCACAGUCUCAGUUCACUGCUCCCCGGGACUACUCUGGUUACCAGCGGGAUGGAUAUCAGCAGAAUUUCAAGCGAGGCUCUGGGCAGAGUGGACCACGGGGAGCCCCACGAGGUCGUGGAGGGCCCCCAAGACCCAACAGAGGGAUGCCGCAAAUGAACACUCAGCAAGUGAAUUAAUGUGAUACACAGGAUUAUGUUUAAUCGCCAAAAACACACUGGCCAGUGUACCAUAAUAUGUUACCAGAAGAGUUAUUAUCUAUUUGUUCUCCCUUUCAGGAAACUUAUUGUAAAGGGACUGUUUUCAUCCCAUAAAGACAGGACUGCAAUUGUCAGCUUUACAUUACCUGGAUAUGGAAGGAAACUAUUUUUAUUCUGCAUGUUCUGUCCUAAGCGUCAUCUUGAGCCUUGCACACAAUACAAUACUCAGAUUCCUCACCCUUGCUUAGGAGUAAAACAUUAUAUACUUAUGGGGUGAUAAUAUCUCCAUAGUUAGUUGAAGUGGCUUGGAAAAAAAAUGCAAGAUUGAAUUUUUGACCUUGGAUAAAAUCUACAAUCAGCCCUAGAACUAUUCAGUGGUAAUUGACAAAGUUAAAGCAUUUUCUUUGAAAGGAAGAUGGAAGGAGUGGAGUGUGGUUUAGCAAAACUGCAUUUCAUAGCUUUCCCAUUAAAUUGGAGCACCGACAGAUUAAAAGCAUACCAAAUUAUGCAUGGGUCCUUACUCACACAAGUGAGGCUGGCUACCAGCCUUGACAUAGCACUCACUAGUCUUCUGGCCAAACGACUGUGAUUAAAACACAUGUAAAUUGCUCUUUAGUAGUGGAUACUGUGUAAGACAAAGCCAAAUUGCAAAUCAGGCUUUGAUUGGCUCUUCUGGAAAAUAUGCAUCAAAUAUGGGGGAUAAUCUGGAUGGGCUGCUGCUGUGCUCAAUGUGAACUAUUUAGAUACCUUUGGAACACUUAACAGUUUCUCUGAACAAUGACUUACAUGGGGAUUGGUCCUGUUUGUCAUUCCUCACCAUAAUUGCAUUGUCAUCACUAAUCCUUGGAUCUUGCUGUAUUGUUACUCAAAUUGGUAAUAGGUACUGAUGGAAAUCGCUAAUGGAUGGAUAAUCAUAACACUUUUGGUCACAUGUUUUCUCCUGCAGCCUGAAAGUUCUUAAAGAAAAAGAUAUCAAAUGCCUGCUGCUACCACCCUUUUAAAUUGCUAUCUUUAGAAAAGCACCGGUAUGUGUUUUAGAUUCAUUUCCCUGUUUUAGGGAAAUGACAGGCAGUAGUUUCAGUUCUGAUGGCAAAACAAAUAAAAACAUGUUUCUAAAAGUUGUAUCUUGAAACACUGGUGUUCAACAGCUAGCAGCUAAAGUAAUUCAACCCAUGCAUUGCUAGUGUCACAGCCUUUGGUUAUGUCUAGUAGCUGUUUCUGAAGUAUUUUCAUUUAUCUUUUGUCAAAUUUAACCCUGUUUGAAUUCUCUCCUUUCCUCAAGGAGACACUUAUGUUCAAAGUGUUGAUUCUUUGCCUUAGGUGCAUAGAGAGUAGACAGUUUGGAGAUGGAAAGGUUAGCAGUGACUUAGCCAUAUGUUCUGUGUUGGAAUUUGUGCUAGCAGUUUGAGCACUAGCUCUGCGUGCCUAUGAACUGAAUGCUGCUUGUCCCAUUCCAUUUUAUGUCAUGGAGAAAUAAUUCCACUUGGUAACACAAAGGCUAAGUUAAUGUUAUUUUCUGUACAGAAAUUAAAUUUUACUUUUAGCCUUUUGUAAACUUUUUUUUUUUUUUUCCAAGCCGGUAUCAGCUACUCAAAACAAUUCUCAGAUAUUCAUCAUUAGACAACUGGAGUUUUUGCUGGUUUUGUAGCCUACUAAAACUGCUGAGGCUGUUGAACAUUCCACAUUCAAAAGUUUUGUAGGGUGGUGGAUAAUGGGGAAGCUUCAAUGUUUAUUUUAAAAUAAAUAAAAUAAGUUCUUGACUUUUCUCAUGUGUGGUUAUGGUACAUCAUAUUGGAAGGGUUAUCUGUUUACUUUUGCCAAGACUAUUUUGCCAGCACCUACACUUGUGUGCUUUAAAAGACAACUACCUGGGAUGUACCACAACCAUAUGUUAAUUGUAUUUUAUUGGGAUGGAUAAAAUGUUUGUGGUUUAUUGGAUAAUCCCUAGAUGGUGUGUUACGUGUGUAGAAUAUAAUUUUAUGAUAGUAAGAAAGCAAAAUUGAAGAAAAUAAGUUUAGUAUUGAAUUUGAGUUCUGAAGUGAAUUCAGGGAAUGUCUCACGUUUCGGGCUUCUACCCAAAGUGUAGGGCAGAAGGUGUAAAAGUUGUUUGUAGUUUGACUUGUUUAUUUUUUAAGUUGCUUAUUCCUUUCAACAGCAACAUAUCAUUAGCUGUCAUUCUACCAUUGCAGUUCUAGUGAGUUUUAACGUCUGCAUUCAAGACUGUUUUAAAAGCAACCUCACUGGACAGAGAACUGCUAAAGUCUUUUCCUUAAGAUCUGAGUCUUUGUUACUCAGUAUCUUCUAUAAUAUGCAAAUGCUUGUCUAGAGGCAGAAGACCUUUUGUUUGGUCAAGUGUGUAUUUUACCAGAGUACAGGGAACUGAUGGUCCUACAUGUCUCUUAGUGUAGUAAGACUAUAAAAUCUUUUGUACAUGCACAAUUCACAGUAUGUUUAGAUACCACGUGUAUAAUGCCCCCCCCUCCCCCAGGUAGCAUGCCAUUGAUGACUUUUUGCUUAGGGCCAUUUUAUUACCAGGGCCUUAAUAUUCCUAAAAAGAUGAUUUUUUUUCAUCCUUUCUCCUCUUUUGAUCAUUGUAUCUUGAUAUUAAAAACAUGACCUUCCAAUGAUUGUAGUAAAUUAACUUCUAUAGUUCUUUUGUCUCUAUAUGUAUUCAUAUAUAUGCUAUUGUAUAGAGACUUCAAGGAGACAUGGAGAUGCAUGCUUAUUCUCAGGUUCAUUCACUAAGGUGCUUGGCAGACAACCAGUUUCUAAGUGCAGAAUGUAGUUAAGCAGCUUCAUAUAUGUGCCAGGCAAUUUGUUUUGUUAAAUUUUCAUCUACUUAAGGAAAUAGGGUAUUGUAGCUUAGGCUGAUCAUACCCUUCAUUUCAACCUUAAGCUCUCAACCUGCAUCCAUCCGACUUGAGCUAUUAAGUACUUUAGUUUUAUCGAGUAUAAGUUAACAGAAAAAGUAAAUUAAGCUUUGCCUUUACUAUUUUGAAUUUAUAUACAUUCUGGAAAAACUUAGAAACUGUUGUAUAUUUCAUUAGAUUAAAUUAUAUGAAAAUGUGAUUGUUUAUAGCAAAGCCUGUGAGUUGCAUACACCCUAAGGAAAACUCCUUAAGUGCUCCUUGAAGAGAGAAGAAACAAUUCUGGGUCUGGUCUUUUUAAGAACAAAGCUAGACUACUGUAUGUUAGCACUGUACAUUAAUAGUCUGUUGUGAAGCUUGAGCAGUUUCCUGCAUAGCCUUGAUCCUUCACCGUUGGCAUUGAAAAUAGCAGUAUCCCUGAUGUACUUAAAACUUAAAGUCAGGUUUUGGUAUAUUUAUUUGUAAGUCUUAAUUUCCUCUAAAUACUAUAUCUCUUUAGCGAGACAACCUGAAAUUUAUUAGCACAUUUGGGUAUCUCUUGCUUGGCAUUAUGGCCAGUGUUAACUAUUCAGUGGUGAAAAAAUUACCCCUCAAGACACUGGAGUGACCCCAGAUGUGUGUAGUAAGUGGCAUGGUUCAACUGUGUGGUUAAUGAUAAAUAUAUGACUUAGUCGGUAUGAUCUGGAAAGACUUGAUUGAAAGAUAAUUCAGCUGACAUAAGGAUGAGUGAGGAGUGGCAAACUGGAUAAAAGAGUCAAGAGACCUGUAUUCCAGUGACUCCUGUUUUGUUUAAGCAUUAGCAAGAUCUGUCUGGGGAAACUGGAUAGGGCAGUUUUCUUCCAUGUUUAGUUUUUGUCUCAACAUUUGGAAGCUAUUGAAGGUUUUAAAAUGGUGUGUAUUGUUUUUUUUUGGGGGGGGGGUGGCCAGAAUAGUGGGUCAUCUAAUAAAACUGCCAUUUAAAAGA